ACAAAAAAAUAAGCAUGAAAAAGUUUAAUAAUUACAAAGAUGGGAAGUCAGCCAUCCUCUAGAACAGGAAAGGAAGUCCAUCUGUCUUUCAAAUUUCGACAUCAUUUCUGGUACGGUGCCCUUUUCUUCACCAACCGAAUAAGGUGCAAGUACAAAGAUGGGAAGUCGCCACUGGAGAAGCGGAAGAGAGCUCCGCGGCGACCAUCUUUCCUCCUCUCUCGUCGCCCCUUCCAAGGCUGUCAAGGAUUGUUCUAUCUGUCUCGGAAGAAUGUGUUCAGAGUGAAUUCUUCUGAGGGCUGAGACUUAUUUAUUAAAUUAUUAACCUAUUAACUUAUAUAAGGCCUUGCCUUCUAUGGCUGCAAUCCAGAAGCUGUAUGAGGUCUGCAAAGUAUCAUUAUUUGAAAAAGGGCCAUCAUCUCCUGAAGCCGUUGAAAAUGUUCGUACUGUAUUAGAUAUGAUCACACCUUCUGAUGUUGGACUUGAGUGUGAAGCACAAGCUGUUCGUGUUUGGAGAAGACCACGGGCCUUGAGUAGGAAAACAGUGCUCCAUUCAAGCCCAGCGAUCAGAUAUCGUCAUAUAUAUGAGUGCAAAAGCUUCUCUAUUGGGAUAUUUUGCAUACCAGCAUCAUCAAUCAUCCCACUGCACAACCAUCCAGGCAUGACUGUGCUCAGCAAACUUCUCUAUGGUAAAGUGCAUGUCAAAGCGUAUGAUUGGAUUGAUAUAGACGAACCCGGUAACUUAACAAAAGUCAGACCAGCCAAGGUUGUCAGGGAUGGUGAAAUAUCUGUGCCUUGCGCGGCGAUGGUGCUUCGUCCAACAGACGGUGGGAAUGUCCAUGCCCUGAAAGCCAUCACUCCCUGUGCUAUCUUGGACAUCUUGUCGCCUCCUUACUCAUCAAAGGAUGGAAGGCAUUGCUCCUAUUUCCGGAGACGCCAAAAAUCAGACCCGUCGGGCAUUUUAUGGGACCGAACAAGGGAGUCUGAAUUUGUCUGGCUGGAAGAAUACCAGCCCCGUGACAACUUUGUUAUUAGAAGAGACCUGUACACAGGACCUACUUUGGACCUGUGAACUCAUCUUUUGUUGAUACCGUGCUCGGCACUAUAGUUAUGCUUGCCCUAACACUUUUAAGUUAUCAAGAAGCACACAGAUACACGUAAUGCAAAAAGGUUCUUGUCUUUUGUUCUCUUUGAAUUUUUAUUUAUAGUUACUCUUUGGGACUUUGAUCUGAUAAAACUAUUGUAAGAUGAUGCUAUUGUAUAUUUCACGGUGUGUAACACGUUGGGAAAAUACUUAUAUCUGACUAUAUAUACUAGUGGAAGGCGCUUUUGAGCCUUCCUCUCGAUAUGAACCUUUCUUCGAAAUACUGACAGAAAUAUUUUCAUCA